UAAAGGCUCUCCAAAUUUAGCGAGGUAACAUGCUCGAUUCCAUUCCUUUCCAUCCCCAUCCCCAUUUUAUUUAGCAUCUUCUCCUCCCUUCUCCUUUAAGCCCCCACCUCUCUUUCUCUCUCUCCCUCUCUCUCUCUCUCUCUCUCUCUCUCUCCGAUUCAUUAAUGGAUUGGAAUCGAAUCGCCAUUAUUAACGACGUGUUUAGUGUAACACCCGAACGGAAUGAAAGAUCGCGAGAAGUGUUUUCGUUCUUAACUGCAGGUAUCGAUCGAUUUCGGAGCUGAAGAGAUCGAGAUCGAGAUCGCACCUGCGACAUCGAUCGAUCGAUCCUAGUCGAUGGCGACGACGACGACGACGGGGACGGGGAUGUGUCCGGGGCCGAUGAAGGCGACGUCGGAGGGGGCGUGGCAGGGGGACGACCCGCUGCACUUCGCGCUGCCGCUGAUCAUCCUGCAGAUCUGCCUCGUCGUCGCCCUCACCCGCGCCCUCGCCUUCCUCCUCCGCCCCCUGCGCCAGCCCCGCGUCAUCGCCGAGAUAAUCGGCGGCAUACUGCUGGGGCCGUCGGCGCUGGGGCGGAGCAGCAGGUUCAUGAACGCCGUGUUUCCGAAGCAGAGCCUGACGGUGCUGGACACGGUGGCGAACAUCGGCCUCCUCUUCUUCCUCUUCCUGGUGGGCCUGGAGCUGGACCUGCGCGCCAUCCGCCGCACGGGGAGGAGCGCCGUCGCCAUCGCCAUCGCGGGCAUCUCCCUCCCCUUCGUGCUCGGCAUCGGCACCUCCGUCGUCCUCCGCGCCACCGUCGUGAAAGGCACACGCCAGGGCCCGUUCCUCGUCUUCAUGGGCGUCGCCCUCUCCAUCACCGCGUUCCCCGUGCUCGCACGCAUCCUCGCGGAGCUGAAGCUCCUCACCACCGACCUCGGCCGCAUGGCCAUGUCCGCGGCCGCAGUCAACGACAUAGCGGCGUGGAUCCUGCUGGCGCUGGCGGUCGCCCUCUCCGGCUCCGGCUCCCCGCUCAUCGCCCUCUGGGUGCUGCUCUCCGCCGCCGCCUUCAUCGCAGUCCUUGCCCUCGUCCUCCGGCCACUCCUGGCCUGGAUGGCCCGGCGCUCCCCCGACGGCGAGCCCGUGAAGGAGUCCUACAUCUGCGCCACCCUCGUCGCCGUCCUUGCCGCCGGGUUCGUCACGGAUGCCAUCGGCAUCCACGCGCUAUUCGGCGCCUUCGUGGUCGGCAUCCUUGUUCCCAAGGACGGGCCCUUCGCCGGGGUGCUCAUCGAGAAGGUGGAGGACCUAGUCUCGGGGCUCUUCCUCCCGCUCUACUUCGUGUCCAGCGGGCUCAAGACCAACGUGGCCACCAUCAGCGGCGCCCGGUCCUGGGGCCUGCUGGUGCUCGUCAUCGCCAACGCCUGCCUCGGCAAGAUCGUUGGCACCAUUGCUGUCGCCCUGCUGACGCGCGUGCCCCCGCGCGAGGCCCUCGCCCUCGGCUUCCUGAUGAACACCAAGGGACUCGUGGAGCUCAUCGUGCUCAACAUUGGCCGCGACCGCAAGGUGCUCAACGACGAGUCCUUCGCCAUCCUCGUGCUCAUGGCGCUCUUCACCACCUUCGUCACCACCCCAGCCGUCAUGGCCGUGUACAAGCCCGCCCGCCUGGCCGCGCCCUACAAGCACCGCACGUUCGAGGGGGCCGACGCCUCUGCCGCCGACGCCGAGCUGCGCGUGCUCGCCUGCUUCCAUGCCAGCCGCAGCAUCCCCACGCUAAUCAACCUCAUCGAGACCUCGCGCGGCACCAGCAGCCGCCGCCGCCGCCGCCUCAUCGUCUACGCCCUGCACCUCGUCGAGCUCUCCGAGCGCCCCUCCUCCAUCCUCAUGGUACAGCGCGCGCGCCGCAACGGCAUGCCCUUCUCGAACAGGCGCUACGAGGACACCAGCAGCGGCAAUAAUAGAAUUGGGGGUGGAGAUGAAGUGGUGCAGGUGGCGUUCGAGGCGUACCGGCAGCUGAGCUCGGUGGUGGUGCGGCCGAUGACGGCCGUGUCCGAUCUCGACACCAUCCACGAGGACAUCGUCGCCAGCGCCCACCGCAAGCGCGCGGCGCUCAUCGUGCUCCCCUUCCACAAGACCCUCCGGGUCGACGGCUCGCUCGAGUCGCUCGGACAUGCCUACCACGAGAUCAACCGCCGUGUUCUCCGCCGCGCCCCCUGCUCUGUUGCCAUCCUCGUCGACCGCGGCCUAGGCGGCGCCGCCCAGGUCUCCUCGAGCGACGUCUCCUACACCGUCGCCACACUCUUCUUCGGCGGGCCGGACGACCGCGAAGCCCUCGCCUACACCUCCCGCAUGGCCGAGCACCCCGGCAUCGCCAUCGCUGUCAUCCGCUUCCUUAAUCCUGCUGUCACAGCGGAUGCCGACGAAGACCGCCAAGCCCUCGAGGCAUUCAGGGCCAAGGCCGCGGCCGACGGGUCGGUGCGGUACGAGGAGAGGGAAGCGCAGGGGAGUUGGGAGGUGGCGGCGGCGAUCAAGGAGUUGGGGAGGGGGUGCAACCUCUUCCUGGUGGGGCGGUCGCCGCCAACGGAGGCUUUGCUGGAGAAGACGGACUGCCCGGAGCUGGGGCCGGUUGGGAGCUACCUGGCGUCGUCCGAAUUCUCGUCAACGGCAUCAGUGUUGGUGAUCCAUCGGUACGAUGCCAGCGGCGACACCACGAAGCCGACGGUGGAGGAGGGGACGGAGGAGGGAUCAGCGGACGAUUCGGCGGUGGUGCCAGUGCGCUAGCCCGCGUUGGAGGGGACGAUAGUAGAAGAGUACUAGCCUCAACAAGGCUACGAUGCAUGCAUGCAUGCAUGGCGACCCAGAGAGAGAGCGAGAGCACCAUGCAUGCAUUGCAGUUGCACUAGUUAAUUCUUAGAAUCGUCGUACGUUACCCCACGGGUGAAGUGUGGGACCUAGCUACAUAUAUGACUAUAUGAGUAGCUUUCGAUCGUUUAGAGGUUGGAGAGAUUGAGAGAUAGUGCUAGUUAAUAAAGAAUGUUGUGCAUAAUAGGAGUAAUGGUGUUCCCAUAACUGAAUAACAUUUGCGUGUAGAUGCUGAGCCAAAUCAUAAUAGAAAUUAGUAGCCAUUAUGUUUA